AUGGAGUCUUCCGGCAGAAAUAUGUCCAUCGGUACCAAGACAGAGAUCUCAGCGUCCAACUUCGAGGCAGAUGCUGAGUCGGUUCGAACCAAUCUCAGCUUCCGUAUCUAUCGCUUGAUCGACAGCGCUAGAUUGGGCCUCACAGUCCUCGGCCUCGCAGCUGGCUUGACAAUCCUUGGUGUUUCGGCGGAUUCCCUCGCUGUUUUCCAUGCUACCUAUGUCCCGGAAGAUUGGUUACUUCAACUGUGGCCUGCCAACCUCGAUGUGCGCCCUACUGUAGCUCUGGUAGUCGGUAGUGCCCUGGUCAUUGUGGCCAAUCUCGUCUCAUUGAUCGCCGGCAAGAUUCCGACUGCCCGCAGAAACGCUACAGUCAGGGCAGCAAUCACAUUUGUGCCCCCUGCUAUCGCCCUGAUCGCCGCCACCAUCGCCAUGUCAUUCUUCUACAGGGUGAAUGCCUCUACCACCAACGAUUCACUUCAGAGCUGGACAUGCCGCUGGAAGGACGUGACCAUGAACGUGCAGCCUCACUUCGGCACACUCUGCAAACAGAGCCGGGCCGGUGUAGCGCUUUCUGUCAUGCUAGUUCCCGUCGAAGCUAUAAUCCUGGGGUUGGCGGUGUAUCAGUUCACCCUAGAGAAACGCUUCGACUUGGGCGCUCGUGGACCAAGCCGCCGUAAAGCGGGAAGCCCUGCCCUGUCUUGA